AUGUAGUCAACAAUGUAUAAUCUGCAGGAAGAUAGGAUAGUUUCUCCUGCCACUCCUUCUAUCAAAGACCUUGAGACGGUUUUGCAUGGAGGUAAAAGGUUUGGUAAUCAUGUGGAUGAAGUUUGGCCCAAUCUGUUCAUUGGAGAUAUGUCAGUGGCUAAUGAUCGCUACAGUCUCUGGAAGCUGGGAAUCACUCAUGUUGUGAAUGCAGCUCAUGGGAAGAUGCACUGUCAGGGAAGUCACGACUUCUAUGGAUCCACCGUGGAUUAUUAUGGAGUGCCUGCAGAUGACUCACCGUCGUUUGACCUCUCUCGAUAUUUCUUUCCCUGUGCUGAGUAUAUUCGCAAUGCACUUGACACGACUGGUGCUCGAGUUUUAGUCCACUGUGCUGUUGGAGUGAGCAGAUCUGCCUCCCUCGUCCUGACCUACCUAAUGAUCCACCAGCAUUACACACUACUGGAGGCAAUCGACAAGGUCAAAGAGCACAGAUGGAUUUUCCCAAACAGAGGAUUCCUUAAACAGCUUCGUGCUUUGGAUAUGAAGCUGCAAAAGACUUCAUGA